UCCUCUGCUCAUUUGCUCUGGCAUCAUGGAUCUGAAAGUUGUCUUUGUGACUGUCUGUCUGUUUGCUUUGGCCAUCUACACUAAUGAAGCUGGCAUCCCAAAAUGCUGUGUCAAAACUAGAAGGGACAUCUCUAUGCGCAUUUUGCGGAAUGUCAUCAGAUGGGAGGUGCAGCAAAACAACGGUCAAUGUGACAUCGAAGCACUGAUACUGCAUGUGAGAGACCACCAAAGGCCAAUUUGUGCUCAUCCCAAGCUGAAGAGAGUUAUCGUGAGGAUGAAGAACAGGAGAAGGAGGCAUAGCAGGACAAAAACAUCCAUCUGAGAUUUACAUUGAAAGAUUCCACAAAACGUUCCUGUGAAAUUUUUGUUCUACAGUUCUACUUGUUUACAGGAGCUUGUGUCAUGCAAACGUCCUGAAAGCUGAUGAGGUGUUUAUUGCAAAAUAUCUGGCUUACUUGUGAAAGGCAGUUACUGUGCUUCCAUAAGAUAAGAUAAGAGAUUCCUUUACUCGUCCAACA